UGUCAGAUCGAUUUACUCCAGCUGUCGCUGCAACAGUCGCUUCCAAGAUCACAGAAUCUUCUUUUCCAUCGGAGGCACCUAGUUCCGGUACUUCUACGAAACCGAUUAAGAAUACUGCUAUCGCGGCAUCGACUACUUGCACAGUCGAUAAGACAACCAAGUCCUCAUCAACUUCGGGAUCCCCUCGCACCGGCGUUUCUACCAAGCCAUCUAAGAAGACUUCGAACAAACCUGCGAGAACUUUGUCGAAGAAAAAGAUCAAAAGUCCCGAGGUUGUUCCUUCCGAUUGGGAUAGUAGCAACGAGGUGGAAUCCGAAGCGGACAAAUCUCGAUCAAAGAAGUCUAUCUCUCCUAGACUCGACAAGUCGUCCGUCAGUUCUGAACCUAUCAAGAACAACGAACCCGUCAAAAAACUCACCGACACGGAUAUUUUGAAGUCUAUACACAUUCAGAAGAAUCUGAUCAAACCAGCUCCGUUAACUAAGGAGGAUCCGAUCGGCCCAAAGAUUUCUGAGACAGCAGUUGCGACAGGACUCUCUCAAUUGACUCAGCCGAACAAUCCUAUUUCGGUUCAAGCAAUCAACGUUCAGCCGCUCCAAUCUUUUCCAAAGAUCUCGAGAGACGCAGUGGUUCAGAAGAAAAUCGAGAAUUACUUUGUUCCUCAAGGAAGAACGGUUCGAUCCGAGUCUACAACCUCCUCCGCUCAACCAAGCCUAUCGUUCACUACUGAACCUUACGAGCCGGCCAGCGAAAGCGACUUAGAUAUUAUCACAGGAGCCACCGCCCAGCUCUGGUCGAAGCCCAAGACCUCAAAGGGGCGCCUCGGGGACGAUAUUCUAGCAAAGUAUCCUCGUCCUCUUCAUCCUCUUCUGCAGUCGGUGAAGUUGUACCAGGAAUAUUACCGUCAAGCGAAGGAGAAGAACGACGAGGACAUGAAGGUCGUCGCGAUAUCCAAAGCUUCGGAACUGCAAGACGAUCUAGCGGACAAGAUCAACCCUCAGGAUUUCAAGGAUCUGUUUGGGAACUGGGAUCCGAAGGCAGAGUGCGAGGAGUACCUUACGGGGCCGACGGGUCGCAAGUACAAGAGAAGCAAGGACAUUCCAGUGACCCCGACUCCAGACCCGGAGAUGCAGAUCGAUCCUCCGGCCGAAGUACCACCCCUCCACCAAGGAACGAGUCAACAGUACCAGCAAGGAUAUUACAGCCAGCAGGGGUACCCGUACCCGCAAGCCUAUCAACAGCAGCCUCAAGCGGGUCAGUUCUUCAACCAGGCGAGUCCCUACUACCCUCAACCAGUAGCGAGUACCGCUCCAGAUCCGUACCUUCACGUACCGACCAGCAAAGUCCCUCCAAACAGGACCAACCAAAACCGCAAUCGCACUCGCAAUCGCAACAACAACCGUCGCAACCAAGCGCACAGAGCGCCAAACAAUUUUCGACCGAUGAGCGCGAACGGCCCUCGUCAGCGUACAAAUUCUCAAACAGCCAGAGAGAAUCGCCGCGUAGCUUACCAAAGGUCGAUUCAUCAAGAGAUGAUCAGACUCAGUCGCACAACCCAGGCGCAGUACCAAGCCUUGGAGGCGAUGCGCGAGCAGAGCGCAGGAUACGGGAAUCGUCGUCAACCCCAAGAGGGAGGGGCGAAUCGAAACUACUAA